UUCGGCCUUUAACCUUAAACCCUUUGAGCUUCAAAAACUCCUCUUAAGCCAUAAAAUGACAUCCACAGCGACCAUGGAAGUCCUUCACAGAUUCUCAUUUCGUCUUUUACCGGUAACUCUCAGCCGGAACACCGCCAGAUUAGCGCCGUUAUAUCUUUCCACCCAAAUACCCUUUAAUGGACCCGCAUUUCCAAACCCAACCGCCCACUUCUCUUCCUGGAGGCCUUUCUCUUCGUCAGCAGUUGCCAAAGCGGGUUGGUUUCUGGGUCUUGGCGAGAAGAAGAAAACGAGCUUGCCUGAGAUAGUUAAAGCGGGUGACCCCGUUUUGCACGAACCGGCCAGGGAGAUUGACCCGGAUGAAAUUGGGUCGGAACGGAUACAGAAGAUAAUUGAUGAUAUGGUUCGGGUUAUGAGGAUGGCACCUGGUGUUGGUCUUGCUGCCCCUCAGAUUGGAGUCCCUUUGAAAAUCAUUGUGUUAGAGGAUACAACAGAAUAUAUUAGUUAUGCACCCAAGGAAGAGACUAAAGCACAGGAUAGACACCCUUUUGAUCUUCUGGUUAUCGUAAAUCCGAAGCUUAAAAAGAAGAGCAAUAGGACGGCAUUGUUUUUUGAAGGUUGUUUGAGUGUUGAAGGAUUCAGAGCAGUUGUGGAGCGACAUCUUGAUGUUGAGGUCACAGGUUUGGGUCGUGAUGGCCAGCCUAUCAAAGUAGAUGCUUCAGGCUGGCAGGCACGUAUUUUGCAGCAUGAGUGUGAUCAUUUGGAUGGAACACUCUAUGUAGAUAAGAUGGUUCCAAGAACAUUCAGAGCUGUUCAAAAUUUGGACCUGCCUCUUGCUGAGGGGUGUCCAAAGCUUGGUGCCCGCUAACUCAUUCUUUUGCAUAGCAAUCCAGUCCAAGGAUGCACGAGAAAUGACGUCUUGAAAGCUAGUUUCUAAGGCUUCAAAGUAAUAGAUUUUCUGUUUGGCAAUGCAUCGCAAAUACAGUUGGCAGCAUCAGAGGUCAUCGUUCAAAUCCUUCUUCGAAUGAAAUGCAGAUUUUAUUCUUUUUUGGGAAUUUUAAAAAUUUGGGUUUUGAGUUGUAUAUAUACUGCGGAGUAAUUCAAAGAAGUAUCUGUUUAGCAUGGAAUGUUGUUUCUGCAUUGGGUGUUGUUUGACUUUCUAUGUGAAGUUUAGUUAAAAUUCGCCUUCAAGGUGCUAAGCUUACACUUCAGACCUCCAUGAUGUAGCUUGAUCAGAACUAAUCAUGUUAUAAUAAUGGAGCCUUGGCCAUUG